CAAGUACGCUUGCGCAUGAAAAGUUUGAGUAUUUUGAAAAGUCAACGGUUCUGCUACGCAUGUUAUUUUGUUCAUUUUCUUCUGCCGAUUUUCUCAAUUUUGUUCACACACAUGGCUGGAUUCAAGACCCCUACCUCGGUAAGAUACAGAAGCAGACUGACGGAUAAUGCUGGAUUAGAAACUCCCAUCAAGAUACCAGCAUCGCCUUUCCUGGAACGAAUAGGCUAUGGUACUGGAGUUGCUGUAUACAUGUUGGAAAGAUCGCCUAAAGUUGGCUUUAUUCGUUCACCCUGGGCAAUAAAAAAAUGGUUGAAGGGGAAAAACAAUGAAGCAAAUAAUGAACGUCUUCAAUUAGAAGCUGAUACUCUACGACAAUUGAAUCACCCCAAUAUUGUUGGUUUUAGAGCAUUCACUACUGGAGUAGAUGGGAAAUAUUGUCUAGCCAUGGAAGCUUUGGAUAUAUCACUAGGUGACAAAAUUGAACAAAAAUAUGAGCUUGGUGAUGAUGAACCGUAUCCAGCCAAGGAUAUUAUGAAAGUUAGUUUUGAAAUUGCAAAAGGAUUGAAAUAUCUACAUCAUACAGCACACAUAUUACAUGGAGAUAUAAAGAGUGCAAAUAUUUUAAUUUCUCAUGAUUUUAAUGUGGUUAAACUAUGUGAUUUUGGGCAUUCUCUUCCAUUGACAGAAUCUUUAGAACUGAACACAUCAAAAGGCAACUUUUCUUAUAUUGGAACAGAAUGCUGGAAUCCUCCUGAGGUUAUACAAGAGAAUGGACCUGUGACUAACACUGCUGAUAUUUGGACAUAUGGUCUUGUUAUUUGGGAAAUGAUAGCCUUGUCACCACCUCAUACAGAAACUUCUGAGGAUGAGUCUCUUGAUGAGACAGUUGACAAAACAGAUAUGAUGGAUGACACGUUAAAUGAUUCUAAUCACGACAUGGACGAGAAUGCUUUUCUUGAAGGAAUAAUGCCAUGUAUGAACAAGAAAUAUGGAGAAAUUAUAGGUACACGUCCAGCUUUACCUUCUAUUGAUUUGGACAAAGAAUAUAGUACAGUGCUUGAAGUAUUCUUCAUAUGUACUAAUACAGAUUAUAAAUUAAGACCUAGUGCAAAGGUAUUGGUAAAAUAUUUUGAAAAAAAACUCAUGUGUGCUAACAAGACACAGACGUAAGUGUUUUUCAAUUUUUUAUAUUCACAUCAUAAAUCCCGAAAUUAUCCAUAUAAAGUAUAGCUUGUAUAAAAUAAUUUCAUAAAAUAUUUUAUAAGAUUUUUACGAUGAGAUAGUAAAGAAUAAAAGAAUAAUUAUUAUUAUCACGCUUAUGAUAAUGAUAAUCUUGAUUUUCCUCUGCAAAAGUAAUCAUUAUAUCAAUGUUGCAAAAUAAAACCAUAUUUAAAUAUA